AUGUCGGGGUCGACUCAGCAGGAUGUAAUUGACGUCCGGGGCGUGAACUUCAGAUGUAUAUUUAUGCUCAUGUAUGUUUUAACUAGUUUUAAUUAAAUAGGUAGUGGGAUGGAUAUUAAUUGCCCCGAGAUGUCUUCAUGACACGUGGAUAAACAUGGAUUUACUUUAGAGCGAGCUGAAGACGUAACACUUGUACAAUAAAUAAUAUGAUUAUUCUCCUUACUUCUGCUCGAGACGUUUACUCCGGAAAUCGGUGAAGGCACCACAUGUCGGAUAGCCUAACCUGUAUUGUAACAGAAUUAAUGAGUUUUGUGGAAUUCUCGGAUGUAGUAUUAAUAAAUGAAGGGUUAUGCUUUGGUCAAUUCAGGAGGAAUUAAUGGUUUAUGGGCGUUAACGACUGUAGUAGGUUAUAAAUGUUGUUGAACUCGAAGAGCGAAGGAAUAUUGCUGCACCAUGAAGACCCCAACAGACAAGCAGUUGCAGAGGAUAGAGAAGAAACGUAGGAAAAUGGAAGCUCUUCUGGAAAUAACUAAGCUGAACGACAAGGACCGAGAGGCAAGAGCCCUUGCUGAAAAACAAGCGAACAUGGAAGUUGAGCAGCCUGAGGAGCUGGCUAAUGUUAGCAGCAGCAAUGGUGUAUCCAGUAGUGAUAAUCCGAAUCGAAAACGACCAUGCAGCACGACAGAAGAUGUGAAUGCAGAAAAUGUCAAUCAUGAAAAAAACCUCCAGGACAGUCAGCAAUCCGAUCCACUUAGCAAUAAGAAACCUAGAUUGAGUGGUGAAGAAUUUCUAAAAUUGAAACAGGAGUUAAAGCUACGGAAAGCCAAACUACAGGCAAUACCACGUUUUCAUUUAAGAACCGUUGGUGAGAAUGCUAGUUUGAAUGCUAAUGUCAAAACUGAUGACAGGAUACCAAUUUUCCUAAGUGAUGUGCAGCAUCUAUUACUGUAUUCCCUGCUUGGCCAUCAUUCUCCAUACUUGCCAGCAAGGUGGUGUGUGUUAGAAAAAUUUAACAAGGUCACGCACACAGUGGUCCUAGUCAUAGAAGGUCUGUCAUUGUAUCACUUUCUGGCUUACGAGUCAAUGUUUUCUAAUAUUACUGCUAAAUUGGACUUUCGAUUAGAAUUGGUAACGCCAGCAGCUUAUGGUGGCUCGAUAGUAGAAGAGCUUUCUGCGGUCCCGCUCACAGGAACGCAGAGUCGCAGGCUAAUUGCCCAAUUUGGCUCUCUUGAAUCUGCGUUGCAGAGUACUGGAGAUUUGGUUAAACUCCUGAAAGUCGUCUUUCCAAUGCAUUCUACAGCUAUGAAUGAUAAGGAAAAAGCAAGGGAAAAAAUGCAAUUACCACCAAACGACAAGUUUCCUAGAACACAGCUACUAUUAUCUCCAUGGCAGCUCGUUGAAGAGAAUUAUCCUUUACCACUGAAAGGUGAACUGGCCAAAAGGUACAGCAAGUACAUUUUAACAAAGGACAUGUACGAUGAAGCUACACCAAAGUCUCCGAUGUUUGGUCUGGAUUGUGAGAUGUGUCGAACAACUACGGGUCUAUUAGAGCUGACGAGAAUAUCAAUAGUUGACGAGAGCUUGAAUGUAAUUUUUGAUCGUCUCGUAAAACCGGAUAACGAUAUCACCGACUAUUUGACGCGUUACAGCGGCAUCACCAAAGAGAUGCUUGAUGGUGUUACGACGACUUUGUCGGAUAUCCAACAAUCCUUACGAGAUUUACUUCCAGCAGAUGCUAUUUUGGUCGGUCAGAGUCUCAACUCCGAUCUCCACACUCUGAAGAUGAUGCAUCCAUACAUAAUUGAUACAUCGGUCAUAUUUAAUAUGACUGGAGACAGAUACAGGAAAACUAAGCUGCAAAUCCUGGCGAGAGAGUUUCUGAGCGAGCAGAUUCAACAUAGCAAAAAUGGUCACUGCUCUAUGGAGGACUCGAGAGCUUCGUUAAGACUGGCUCAGCUAAAACUCUCGCAGAGCAUACAUUUUGGGGACGCAGUAUUACUUGGCCAACAAGAACUGGAGUCACGCCAGAAACAAAAAAAGGACCAGGUGAAAGCCGAAGCUCAGAAAUAUGGAACUUCGAUAUUCUCCCACGUAGCAAAGAACAAGAGAACCGCAGCCAUUAUUGGCAGGGAGGAUGUCCUGAACGAGUACUCCAAGUACCUGCAAAACUCUUCGCUUAGCAUCAUGGAUGACAAACACUUCAACCAAGACGAUCAAGUACGUCUUGUGAUGGCGGAUAGCAACAAGCACGCGGUAUCCAGAGCCUCGCAAAUCGCCCUGGAACAUGCAUUCACUCUUUCUCACGUGCGAGUAGAAGAGGAAAAGCUGAAGGAGGAGCAUUUGGAAAAGACCUUCCGGUCUGUCAACAAAUGGGUGUCAAAAGUCUGGCAGCACUCCGCCGUCAAUGGCUUGGUCUGCGUAAUUUUCGGCGGACAGGAUAACGCCGCUAAUGGCGCCUGCUUUUUGAACAUUAAAAAAGAAGCGGUCCCAUUGCGCACCAUGCUGAAGACAGAAGCGCAGUCGUAGCUAAAUGAUGCUGGAACGUCACGAAAGAUAUCAACUGUAUUUUGAAAAGUGAUUACAGGCAAGGUACAAAGACCUUCGGAGAGCAUUGCUUGAAGCAGAGACAGAGGCCCGCCUCUGAGACUAUCUUUGUUAGCAGUGUACAAACCAUUGUGUCGUUAAUAAACUUUUAAUAUUUCAUUUAUCUUGAAAUUCGCGCUCUACUUUCUAGAUUUAGAACGGAGUAUGAUCUCCCGCAU